AUGAAAGUUGCGACGUCGUACGCGUCGUUGGCGUUGCCGCACUGAUUGAAACCGUUAUUCGAUUCGUCAUUGUGCCUCCCAAAUGGAUAACUGCGGAUUCUGUGAGGUAACGUCAAAUUCGGUGGUUACGCCUCACCCAUUCGCGAUGGCAAUGAUUGAAGACAUUUUGAAAUGCAAGCUCUCUGAUUACGAAUCAAUUAUAAAUGUAGAAAUCUUGGCUAAUUCCAACAUGACAUUCUGCUGCGACUGCGUAGAGCUCGCAAGAGAGCGCGACUACAAAGGCAAGCUAAAUAAUUACUACGAAGCAUAUGUGUUAAGAUGGCAUAAUUGGUAUAUAGAUACGAUAACACAAAUGCUUUUUAAACAGCUGAAGAAUGCAAAUCGUCGCAAUCUUGAACGAUUCGCAAUCGGGUGCGCCAUAAAAAAACAAAACUUCCUGCUUGAAUGUCUUGCACCAUUUAUUAGAUUUAAAGAUGAUGUUGUGUGUCUCAUCAAAAAAUAUAAUUACAAGCCUGAAGAGCGAUGUUUACGAGAAUAA